GGAGGCAAAGUGACAAGCCUCUCUCCAAUGCUCCCCACUUGUUACUCGUAGCUCCCUUGCGCACACCAUUUUCGAGCAUCAGUGACAGCUGAAAACAAUGUCAACUCCAGCCAGACGCCGUUUAAUGAGAGAUUUUAAGAGACUUCAGGAAGACCCUCCUCCGGGAGUAAGCGCAGCCCCAACGGACAACAAUAUUAUGGUUUGGAAUGCUGUGAUGUUCGGGCCGGCUGAAACUCCGUUUGAAGAUGGGACCUUCAAACUCACAAUGGAGUUCAACGAAGAGUACCCCAACAAGCCCCCCACAGUGAAAUUCGUAUCUAAGAUGUUCCACCCCAACGUGUACGCAGACGGCGGCAUCUGCCUAGACAUUUUGCAGAACCGGUGGAGCCCCACGUAUGAUGUCUCAGCAAUACUCACCUCUAUCCAGUCACUUUUGAGCGAUCCAAAUCCGAAUUCGCCAGCAAACUCUAUGGCAGCACAACUCUAUAAAGAGAACCGAAGAGAGUAUGAGAAGCAAGUGAAGGCGUGCGUCGAACAGACCUUCAUCGACUAGGUUCCACGCAAUCUCGCCACCUGCUUCCAUUUCUUUGUCGGCAAAGUAUUCUAAUGCUAUCAUUAAGCACUUGUCAAAAUAUUUAUUUAAAUGGUUAAAAUACGAUCAACCAAUGAAUGGAAAUUCUCGAUUAAAGAAUAAAAGUAACAUAAAUCAUUUAAAUUAA